CCCUCGACCCGCCGCCGAGUCACGACACUGCACACCCGAGACGGGGGGAUCCUAUCCUAGUUUUUUCUUAUUUAUUUAUUCCGGAUUAAUUGCAACCAUGGUCCAUCUUGCAAAGCUCGUCGUCGCGGCCGCCACCUGGUCGCUGGCCGCCGCGCAUACCGUCCUCGUCUACCCCCCAUGGCGAGGCGACAACAUCCACACAAACGGCACCAUGUCCGACACAGACCCCUCGAUUCCACCCGGCUCCCUGGGAAUCAACUACAACAAGACGUCUGACACGUACGGCUUUCCCUUUGGCAUGCAAUGGAUGUACCCAGGCGGCGGCAUGCCCACGUCGCGGAACCGCACAAAAUGGCCGCUGAAAGGCGGUGCUGUGUCGGUCCAGCCCGGCUGGUUCCCCGGCCACUCGCUCGCCCAAAUCUACAUCAACAUGGGCUACGGCAACGAGCCCCUCAACUACUCGCACACGAUGCUGCCCGUCUUCCAAAUCACCGGGCCCUCGAACCAGGAGUACGGCGGCUCCUUUUGCCUGCCGCAGGUCCCGCUGCCCGCCAACUACACGCCCAAGGUUGGGGAUAAUGCCACCAUCCAGGUCAUUGAGCUUGCGCAGCAUGGUGCGGCUUUGUACAACUGCGCAGACAUCACCUUUGCGGAGCCAGAAGACGUCCCCGAAGUCAACAGCACAAAUUGCGUCAAUACCACCGCUCCAGACCAGCGCAUAGGCUUCCAGGUCUUGUACGCUACCACCUCGUCACCCGCGCCACACAAUGUCGUUGUAAAUGGCUAUGCCUCGAUAGUCGUUCCCAUGAUGUUUAUCACUGCCUCAUGGUUGACUUGGGUCGUUUAGAAACAAAGUAGACUCGUUUUCUUUCUUCUUUUGCGUCUUUCUUGCUAACGAAUGGGCAUGGUGUUUGGCGUACAAAGAUAUCCAUUUUUAUUUUAUUUUACUUUAUUAUAUUGACCUAUCUAUGGGGAAAUAGCCAUCCUGAGUAUUGCAGGAAUUCGCAUACUGGAGAGAGUAUCGGCACACUUGGCUGGUGGAGCAGCUAGCUUGUAGCAACAACGAACCGCUUUU